GUGAGUGAUGUGUGCAGGCGGGCCAAGGUUGAUCCGGCAAAGGCAGCAGCCGACAAGAUCAACAGCAACCACCGAGCAGUCAUCGCAGCACAUCAAGGGCACCAUAUUCUACAUACCCAAACCAAAAGAGGGCAGGCAGCAGGUGGGUGAGCCCGAGGGGGAGACAGGGAGGGAGAGAGCCACAAGGACAUGUGUAUGCGUUGUAUUCUCUGCGUUCAUUGCAUCACGCAGCACGCGAUAAUAUUUGCCGAGGACGAGAUGAUGAUCGGCGGGCGCGACCGGCUCAUGCGGCGACAGAUGAAGCUACAGGAGAAGGAAAAGGCGGCAAGAAACCCUUUCAAUGAGGUGCGCGCACGCGCAGCCAACAACCACCGUGUCUCUCACGCCGUGUUGAUAUGGUUGUCAGGACAUCGCAUACGAGCAGCGAGGUUGGUGGAAGCGGACCCACGGUGCAGGUAGGGAGCGGAGGGACGCAUGGGAGACACACAGGGAGCCACAUGUGGCACAAGCGGGGCAGCUAUCUGUGUAUGUGUGUGUGUGUGUGUGUGCAGGUGGGUUUCGGUCGCGCGAUGUACCAAACUAGAGGCCGACGGUGAGGUGGAUCAUAUCCAAUGCCACGCUCCGAGUGGCCAUGGUGCACUCGCUCAAGGAACACCCUGCCAGAGCAUAUAUACAUGUACAGCCCGCUGACACUGACGUUGCGUGUGAAAAAUGCAUGAG